UUAAAAACUAUGGAAUGUUGUAGCCAAUCCUUUUCCACUUUAGUUUCAGUACCAAAUGAGAGAAAGGAAUGGUACAGACUAGAAAAGAAAAUGCUGACUUCUGAACAUAAAUUUCAUAAAAAGCAAAACCUCUUCCAUGAGAGAUACUUGGCAUUAAGUCUUUAUCAGGAAGAUUAUUAUGAAAUUCAUUUUGAUGAAGAAUAUCUUGGAACAGUGUUCAUCAAAAAGGCAAAAGGACUUCUACGCUAUACAGAUAAUAAGAAAGAGUUGGCAAUUCUAUUAGACAACAAAGCAAUGAAGAAUAAAUAUUUUAGAAGAUACUGGAGCUUAGGUAAUUCUAAGUUUGAGACUAUCAAGCUUUGGCCUCGAAGAUUUGAUUACUCAAUACCAGAUAUAAACCCGUAUCCAAUUUUUCCUGACCUUAUCAGAGUUUUAUCAGGUACAACAAAGGGAAUCACUAUUUUCAAAAUGCUAUUAAGUCAUAAAUAAGCUAAUCAGCAUCUUGUCAGCUUGUUCUCAGAGUGAUCAUGCAUUUUUCAUGCAAUGUGACAUUGUUGGUAGUAAAGUGAAUACCCAGAUUAAAGGACACUCAAAGCUUAAAACACUUAGGCUCCUAAAGAGAGGCAAUCAUCACGAUUACAUGUGGGAACCAACUUACGUAAAUAACUUUCUACACUGAGCCUCUCUAUGCCCAUGCAGAGAGUUUUUGCAAGAAAUCUUCCUUGAAAACAUGAGAUUAGACAGAUGGGAAGGGAGAAGACUAAAGAAAAAAUACGGAUUUAGUAAUGCUAAAAUUAAGGUUAAAAACAUGUUCUAA